GGCAAUUCUAAUGACAAGGCCAUCAAAUUUUGUGUGUUGUCACUGUAUGUAGUUGUCAUAAUAUAAUCUCGUUAUAAUAUACAAUUCACAUUUAGUGUUUAUAUUUUGUAUGCUGUGUUUUGAAGGAAUAACUGUGUAACUAGUACAGUUCGUCGGAGAUUGUUAUCGGCCUUCGCGUAGGAUUAUAUCCGGUUAAAAAUUAACAAAAAAAUGGAUCCCCUGGUGGAAGAGCAAGAAACGACAAUGUUCAAUCCUAUAACGUUGACUCUAGGCUUCUUGUCUUCAUACGGCUGGUACAUCGUCGGAGCAAGCGCCCUUAUCAUGUAUGCCACGACUAAACUACGGCCACGUUUGGAUAAAUGGAGGGAGUCUCAAGAAGACGCUAAGUACCACAAAGAUUCCGAUCUUGGUGCGGCCAGACGUCGGGCUGAACAAGAGGCCAGGGAAAAACAGCAACGGGCUUUGGAGGAAGCUUCUAGAAGAGCGGCAGAGGAAAAGACACUGCGUGAGGAGCGGAAGAGAGCAGAGGCUUUGGAACGUCUGCAGAAGUAUGGAAGUGAUUUAGGAGCCGGCAGGACAUUGAGAGAUGACGACUUUCUUCCUCUGAGUGGCGGAGCUUCAACAUCUUCGUACCGAGCACCGAAAAGGUCCGCCUGCAGCCGGGGAGGAUGUGGCCGAUAGAGAUACAUAACACAUAUAGACACACAUAUAUAUAUAUAAUUACUACAAAUUACAGAAUAAAUAUUUAAAAAAUACAAAAUCUUAUUGAAAAGCUGGUUUUAAUUAUAAAUUGCAAUUCUGCAAUUACAAUUACAAAUUGCAAUUCUGCAAUUACAAUUACAAAUUGCAAUUCUGCAACGUCUCAUGUAUAUGCCUUAUUCUAUUUCUAUAUAUGGAAUAAAAUUUUAUGUAUUUUUACUUAUUUUAAACAGAAAAUUUAUCAUUUGGGAUAUUAAAAUUAUUGUAUGGAGCUUUGAUACAAUACAAGAUGUUUGAAAUAAAUUUCAAGCCAAUGGAAUAUUGUAUCGGGUGUAAGGAAAUAAAGAUUGUACAUAAUAA